GCUCGCUGCGGAGUGCUGGUUGGGUCUGGCUGUUGAGAGCAACGCGAGUGAACGAGUAAUCCAGAAUGGCUACUCUGAUCUUUGUUGAUAAGGAAAACGGAGAACCAGGCAUCCGCGUGGCGCCUAAGGAUGGGCUGAAGCUGGGGUCUGGGCCUUCAGUCAAAGCCUUAGAUGGGAAAUCUCAGGUUUCAACACCACGUGUUGGCAAAAUGUUUGAUGCUCCACCAGCCUUACCUAAAACUGCUAGAAAGGCUUUGGGAACUGUCAACAGAGCUACAGAAAAGUCGGUAAAAACUAAUCGACCCCUCAAACUUAAACAGCCAACCAUCUCUGCCAAAAACAUGACUGAGAAGACUGUUAAAGCAAAAAGCUCUGUUCCUGCCUCAGAUGACACCUAUCCAGAAAUUGAAAAAUUCUUUCCCUUCAAUCCUCUAGAUUUUGAAAGUUUUGAUCUGCCCGAAGAGCACCAGAUUGCACACCUCCCCUUGAAUGGAGUGCCUCUCAUGAUCCUUGAUGAGGACAGAGAACUCGAAAAGCUGUUUCAGCUGGGCCCCCCUUCACCUGUGAAGAUGGUCCCUCGGCCAUGGGAGUCUAAUCUGUUGCAGUCUCCUUCAAGCAUUCUGUCGAGCCUGGAUGUUGAAUUGCCACCUGUUUGCUAUGACAUAGAUACUUAAAUUCCUUAGUGCUUUAUAGUUUGUGUGUGUUUGUAUUAAUAAA